AUGUCUGUCCGCAAUAAUGAAGAAAAUGUUCCGAAGAAUGCAAAUUUCUCCCACAUUCGAUCUCUUUUGCUCUUUAGGGUUGAAAAAUUGCAAGGCUCUUUUACACAUACAGUUGUGUCCAACUUCAAGUUGGUGCAAGUAUUGGAUCUGCAAGACAUACCUUUGGAAACUCUUCAUGAUGAGAUUGGCAAUCUCAUUCACAUGAGGUAUUUCUGUGUGAGAAAUACGAAGAUCAAGGCUCUUCCAAACACCAUAGGAAAACUUGAAUACAUAGAAACUUUGGAUCUUAGAGGUACUUCUGUUGCUGAAAUGCCCAUUGGGAUCUUCAAGCUCAAUCAUCUUCGGAAUCUUUUAGUUGAUCGAUUCAUUUUCCUUGGUGGUAACAAAACAAAACGAGGAUUAAAGGCGCGCAAAGGUAUUGGGAAUUUAACAAGUCUAGAGAAGCUAGCAUUCAUAGAAGCAAACCAAGAAGGUGGCAACAACUUGGUUAGAGAGUUGGAGAAGUUAAUAGAGCUCAAAAGGUUGGGUAUUGUGAGGAUAAGAAGAGACGACGUAAUGCACCUAUGUGCCUCCAUUGAAAAGAUGAGCCACCUUUGUUCAUUGACUAUAAAGUCAUUGGAUGAUUACGAGCUUUUAGAUUUUGAUCAUUUGUUGUCACCUCCCAGGUCUCUUCAACGUCUGUAUCUGGAUUCUCCUCUUGAGAGAUUGCCAAACUGGAUUGUGUCACUUGAUAGUCUUGUCAAACUUCGUUUAGGCACAUCAAGGUUAAAAGACAAUCCCAUUGGAAGCCUUCGUGUGUUACAUAAUCUAGUGGACUUGAUUCUUCAUGCAGAAUCAUACGACGGAGAUGAGAUGCUCAUAGAGGCAGGAGGGUUUGACAGACUUAAGGUAUUUCGUCUUAUUGGACAAGAGAGACUGACUAUUUUGAGAGUGGAAGAAGGUGCAAUGCCUGUAUUGGAAGACAUAAGAAUCGAAGGAUGCAAGCAAUUAUGCAGAGCUCCAGAAGGGAUUCAACAUUUUUCCAAUCUGAAAUAUCUUUGCUUUGUUGACAUGCCCCCAGAAUUCGAGCUCAGUAUAAUGCCUCUUCUUCUUCUGUAUUUUGAAGAACGUAUGCUGAGUGAGAAAUUGCCAAAUGCCUAUUUUAGUCGUAAGCAUGAAGGACGCCGUGUUCGUUAUUCUGCAAUGGAUGUAGCACUCGCUUUCAGACGUCGUUCAGGGGAGCAAUCCCAAUUUGCACCAAAGCAUUUUUUUGUUGUUACUAUUACUUUUCGUUUUGUGAAGAAAGUUGUUUCAUUAAUUAAAAAAUUAGGUCUCCUCAUUUGGGUCACAAUUGUUUAUGAUAUUCUGUCAUUGUCACCAAUCCAUGUGGUAAAGAAGGUUGUGAUAUAA